AAUGAGAUUGAUGAGGAUGAUCCACAUUAUUAAAGCUAUUACGAGAUGUUUGAGGGCGUAGUGGAUAACCCAACCGAAGAAGAACUUGUGUGGCCAUUAGAGCAGCUGUGAACUCAACAAUUCUGCCCUCCCUAAUGUAGAUGAAGCAUAACUCAGCAAGAUACGCAGGUUGGAUAAUAGUUGAAGGGUUGACGUACUUGGACUCCAACGGUAUCAUGGAUUGCAUCUCUUCCACCAGGUCAGGGAGGCAAAAUAUGAAAAGCAACUUAAAAAUUGACAUUUGGGAUGUCCAUUCCUUCAGACAUGCGGUGGUCGAAUCAAGAACUCCAAUUCAGGGUAGUCGUCUCUUUGGGGAGUCCUACAAGGCCACCGGACCAUGCAACCCAGUUAAGUUUGGGUAUGCAUCGAACAGAAUCAGGAGAAGCCAUGUAUGUUGAACUUGGUUUGAUAUUGUUUGUCAAGGCCUCAAGGGUUACUUAUUGGGAUACUUACCAGCGAUAGUCAGGCUCCGGCUUAUAGUUCCGGUGAGCGACUCUGACCGGGCUAUCAACAAACACAAGGCAAA